AGCCUAAAACCUCCAGCAGCUAAACUGACUCAAUGAUAAGCAGUUAGAACAAAGCACCUGCAAUCAGCUCAGCUUUAGAGGUGUUGGCCUUCUGUUUGGGCUACUCGCCACAACAGAACAGCACCAUAGCCAUGGCCUUUCUCUCCCGACUGGAUCUUCAAGAGACCCUCCAAACCCUCUCUGUUUUACAGUGGAUCCCAGUCUACGUGUUUUUAGGAGCUAUUCCUAUUCUCCUUAUACCCUACUUUCUGGUGUUCACUAAGUUCUGGACCUUGUCUGUGCUCGCCUUAGCCUGGCUUGCCUAUGAUUGGAACACCCACAGUCAAGGUGGUAGGCGUUCAGCUUGGGUACGAAACUGGACCCUCUGGAAGUAUUUCGGAAAUUAUUUCCCAAUAAAGCUGGUGAAGACUCAGGACCUCUCUCCCAAACACAACUAUAUCAUUGCCAGCCACCCCCAUGGCAUUGUUUCUUAUGGUGUCUUCAUCAACUUUGCUACUGAGGCCACUGGCUUUGCUCGGAUUUUCCCAGGCAUCACUCCUUCUGUAGGGACCUUGGAAGGGAUCUUCUGGAUCCCAAUUGUGCGAGAAUAUGUGAUGUCAAUGGGUGUGUGCCCAGUGAGUGAGUCAGCCUUGAAGUAUUUGCUGACCCAGAAAGGCUCAGGCAAUGCCGUGGUUGUUGUGGUGGGUGGAGCUGCUGAAGCCCUCUUGUGCCAGCCAGGAGUCUCCACCCUUGUCCUUAAACAGCGUAAAGGUUUUGUGAAGUUGGCGCUGACGACAGGAGCAUACCUUGUCCCUUCCUAUUCCUUUGGAGAGAAUGAGGUUUACAAUCAAGAGACCUUCCCUGAGGGCACGUGGAUAAGGUUCUUCCAAAAAACCUUCCAGGACACGUUUAAAAAAAUCCUGGGACUAAAUUUCUGUACUUUCCAUGGCCGGGGCCUCACUCGAGGAUCCUGGGGUUUCCUGCCUUUCAAUCGGCCCAUUACCACUGUUGUUGGGGAGCCCCUGCCAAUCCCCAGGAUUAAGAAGCCAAACAAGAAGACAGUGGACAAGUACCACGCACUCUACAUCAGUGCCCUGCGCAAGCUGUUUGAGCAGCACAAAGUUCACUAUGGCCUCCCUGAGACCCAGGAACUGACAAUCAUAUAACAUGAGCUAGAUUCCCCCAUUACUAAACCCCCAAAGCACUGAGGGAUCCAAAUAGGGCCACAUGGGUGGAAGAAUUUGGGGAGAGGAGAAGAUCUCAGGGAUGAGAGAGAAGGCCAACCAAGCCAAAAAGUACUUAACAAAUCAGGUUUAGGGGAAGGAACCAGAGGGACAAGAGAAGAUUGGGCAACAACCCAGUUCGGCAAGCAGAAUCUUGUGAGUCCACAGAUAUUUUUUGCCUCCUGAUCCCGGUCAACUCUCUGAUCAGAGGAAUGAGAAGCCAAAGAACACCGUGCCCCAUCCUCCCAAGCCUUAGUGACACCCUCACUAUUUAGGUUUAGGCUUGCAAGACUUCUUGCGAACAGGGAUGGUUUAUUUCCUUCUGGGCCCUUUCCUUACAAUUUGGGCACCACUACACGAUAAAGCAGGCACCCGAACUGUGGUUUUCUGAUCCAAGCAGACAGGAUUCCCUCAGUUGUAACACAGUUGUACACUGGCAAAAACUUUUGCACACAGUCAUGCUGUUUCUUAUGUAAAAAUAAAGCUCCAGAUGUAUAAA